UAUUUUGGAUUUUACUUUUUCAUUUGAAAUGCAAUAAUGAGAUCAAUCACUCAAUAUAUUUGUUUGUUUCUUUUGAUAAUAUAAAAUUUUAGGUUUGCGAUAUGAACUGUAAAAUACUUGCUAUCAAUGCAAAGUUCGGUGGUGCUACCCAUGAUGCCUUCAUCUGGGAAAAUAGCAAUAUAAAUGAUUAUAUGAAAUAUUUAUACCGGAGUAAUGAAUCUGUGUGGCUAUUGGGUGAUUCUGGGUAUCCUCAAAGACCUUGGAUGAUGACACCAUAUACAGAUGCAGCACAGGACUCAAUUGAAGAAAUAUAUAAUAAAAAACAUUCCUGUGCCAGAGUAGUUAUCGAAAACACGUUUGGAAGGUUGAAGAAUCGUUGGAGAUGUUUAAACAAGGACAGAGUAUUGCAUUAUAAGCCAGAAAAAUGUGCAAAAAUUAUUAUUGCAUGUUGUGUAUUGCAUAAUAUUGCACUCCAAUAUCAUGUUCCAGACCCAGCUCACAUUUUCACUGAUGUACAGGUUCCAACAGGUUAAUUUAUUUUUUUACCUUGUCUCUUUGUUGUAAUUAUAAUUUUAAAUUAAUAUUGGUAAUUAAUGAUAGAGGCUUUUUCAUUUGAAAAAUUGUAUAGUAAUCAAAAUGUGUCCCAAUUAGUUUUAAAAUUAUUUCGCUUUAUUAAAAACAUGUUCACCACACUAACUUCUUGUUUCUAGUUAGUGAGCCUAGUUUCUAAUAUGAACACUGGCAUUGUUAAUAAAAUAUUUCGAAUUUUCUUACAUAGCCAAUUAUUUAUUGAUUCUUAUUAAUUCUGUUUGC